AUGAAGUGCCAUAUGAACAAUCCUCUCCAUAUUCCACAUGAGUGGUAUCAGCCAGGUAGCCUUCUCAUUGGUGGAAUUGCUUCUCAGAUAAUUUACAUUUCUUCAGAUGUUUUCUUCAGCAAACACCCUUCCCAGGAUGAGUUUGAUGUUCAAGUAGUGGUGGCAAAGUUAUACCAGCACAUCCUAGCCUUGGCGUUUGCUGUGAAUGAGAUCAAUGAGAAUCCAAAGAUCUUGCAUAAUAUCACGCUUGGUUUCCACAUCUAUGACAGCUAUUACAGCCUGAUGAUGACCUAUCGUACCACUCUGGACCUGCUUUUCAAUUUGCGUAGAUUUCCCCCCAACUACAGGUGUGACUUGCCAAAAAACCUGAUGGCUGUCAUUGGUGGCCUUGGCUCAGACAUCUCCUUUCACAUAUCAGACAUAUUAGGUCUCUACAAGAUUCCACAGCUGACAUAUGGCUCCUUCGCCCCAGGAAAAAGUGAUACAAUGCAACUAUCUUCCUUUUACCGCAUGGUUCCAAAUGAAUCUCAUCAGUACCUGGGGAUUCUCCGAUUACUUCAGCAUUUUGGAUGGGUGUGGGUUGGGCUCUUUGCUGUGGAUGAUGAUAGUGGAGAACAGUUCUUGCAGGUGUUGGAACCAAUGCUUUCUCAGAAUGGCAUCUGUUCAGCCUUUGCAGAAAGAAUUCCAAAGCAAGCAUCUUGGCAUACAGAAAACCAAAUGAACACUAUGGCCUUCAACAUUAACCAACAUUUUACAAAUAGCACAGCUAAUACAUUGAUUGUCUAUGGAGAAACUAUGAUCAUUUCAUGGUUAGUUCUUAUAACAGAUCUUGUAUAUAAAGAAAAUAUGAUGUCUUGGAGAAAGCUGUGGAUCAUGACAGCUCAGAUCGAUGUUGCAUUAACAAGCAUUCAAGCCAAAGCAAAUUUGCAAGUGUUCCAAGGUGCUAUUUUGUUCACAGUGCACUCACACGAGCUUCUAAGCUUUAAGGAAUUUCUUCAGAAUAUAAAACUUUGCAGGGCACAAGAAAACAGCUUUUUCAAGGACUUCUGUGAGCAAAUAUUUGGCUGCUCAUUUCCAAAUUCCCAGGAUCUGAUGGAGGAUGGUAGUGAAUGUACUGGGGAGGAGAGGCUAGAAAGUCUUCCUGGAUCUCUGUUUGAAAUAGCUGUGACUGGCCACAGCUACAGCAUCUAUAAUGCUGUUUAUGCUGUGGUGCAUUCUUUCCAUACAAUGUAUUCAUCUAGAUCCAAGCACAGAAUACAAGGAAAGAAGAGAAGUCUUCAAGAUUUUGGGGCUUGGGAGCUUCACCCAUUUCUUCAAAGUGUUGUGUUUAAUAAUUCUGCAGAAGAAAUUGUGUCCUUUAAUGAUAAAAGGGAAAUGGAAGCUGACCUUGACAUAGUGAAUCUAGUGAUUUCCCCAAAUAACUCAUUCCUUAGAGUGAAAAUUGGAAAGUUUGAACACAAAACUCCAAUGGAAGAUAAAUUUGUCAUCAAUGAAGAUAUAAUUGUGUGGCAUGGAAGCUUUAACCAGGUGCUGCCUAUUUCUUUGUGUUGUGACUCCUGCCACCCUGGUUAUCAGAAGAAGAAAAGAGAAGGGGUGAAGUUUUGUUGCUAUGAUUGUGUUCCAUGCCCAGACGGAGAGAUUUCAAACCAAAAGGACAUGGACAAUUGUUUCAGAUGCCCAGAAAAUCGGUACCCAAGCAAAGGCCAAGAUCGAUGCAUCCUCAGAGCUGUCAGCUUUCUGUCAUAUGAAGAACCAUUAGGGAUUAGUUUAGCUUCACUCUCAGCUAUGCUUUCCCUGAUCACAGUUUUGGUGCUAGGAACUUUUAUUAAGCACAAAGAGACCCCCAUAGUCAAAGCCAACAACCGGGAUGUCACCUAUACUCUUCUGAUCUCUCUCCUGCUUUGCUUUCUCUGUUCUUUCUUAUUUCUCGGAAAACCGAAGAAGGUGACCUGUCUUCUACAACAAUCAGCUUUUGGCAUCAUCUUCACAGUGGCUGUUUCUUCUGUGUUGGCCAAAACCAUCAUUGUGGUUUUGGCUUUCAAGGCCACCAAGCCAGGAUCCAGCAUGAGGAAAUGGGUGGGGAAAACAAUGACAGGUUCAAUUGUUCUUUCCUGCUCCCUUGUUCAAGGAGUUAUUUGUGCAGUGUGGCUAGGAAUCUCUCCCCCCUUUCCAGAUGUUGACAUGCAGUCACUAGCAGGAAAGAUUGUCAUGAAAUGUAAUGAAGGAUUUGUCAACAUGUUUUAUAUUGUCAUGGGCUAUAUGGGACUUCUGUCUGUUAUAAGCUUCACUGUGGCUUUCCUAGCCAGGAAGUUGCCAGAUAGUUUUAAUGAAGCCAAGUUCAUCACUUUUAGUAUGCUAGUGUUCUGCAGUGUUUGGGUGUCAUUUGUACCAACGUACCUGAGCACCAAAGGCAAAUAUAUGGUAGCUGUGGAGAUCUUCUCUAUUUUAGCUUCCAGUGCUGGGUUACUAGGCUGUAUCUUUUUCCCCAAAUGCUAUAUUAUUUUGCUGAAGCCUGAGCUGAAUCACAGGGAGCAGCUAAGAAAGUGA